AUGGCAGCGAAUGAUCAAGAUCCUAGGCUUCGGCAGCUGAAAAUAAAAACAAAUGUUGUCAAAAGAAUAUCCAAAGAUAAGACUAAAUACGAAGAAGAACUAGUGGAUCUUCAAAGGAGCCUUGAAGAAAAGAAGGCCUCUGGUGCUGAUGAAUACGCAAUCAAAAAAACUUGCGAACUCAUUGAUGAAUCCAGAAUGAUGGUCUCUGACUGUUCUAGUCGAUUGGCAAGGGCCGUUGACGUUUUAGCAACGGCUGUGGCUGAUUGCGAGGACCUAAGCAAUCAUGAGGAGUAUCAAUGCGCCCAGGAACUUAUCACUGGAAGGACCGAGUCCGAUACCUAG